AUGGCCGUCCCUAGUACCGAGGCAGAGAUAGCAGCCAACUUUGCACCAGAGGCUCGAUUCUCUCUAGGAUGUAUGUUCGCAGAAGUCGUCAUAGAUACGUUUCUCGCUGGAAUCUUGACAAUGCAAGUAUGGACAUACUUCAAGUACCAAAUGGGUGAUGCCAGAUGGAUCAAAUUCAUCGUCAUUGCGACGGCCGCACUGAAUGCAGGGGUCACUGCGUUUAUAUGGUACUUUAUACAGUACCUCUUCGUGGAGAACUUUGGCUUGUGGGCGCCAUUCGCCGAGACCAGGCUGACAGUGACCACCAGCUUCCCGGUCCUUGAUUCCGUCAACUCUGGAAUCGUCCAGAGUUUCUUCGCUUAUCGUGCUUACCGACUAUGUAAUCGCAAGAUCGUCAUCCCCAUCGUCGUCGGUAUUCUCAUCGUCAUGUCGUUCGGCGCCACACUUGCCAACUUGGUCAUGUUUGGAAGUGCUGAAUCCCUGUUUCAAGCUGCAGACGUCACUGUCCCUGUGCUCAUCUGGCUAUGCUCCAUCAUGACGGCCGAUUUGAUCAUUACCGUUUGUAUCUUGUAUGGUCUCACCCGAUCCAGGACCGGAUGGUCCCAUACCGAUAGGACCAUCACCCGAUUAGUCAGGAUGACACUUGAAGCGCAGGUCCCUCCUACUCUCCUCGCCAUAGCGUUCAUCAUCGAGUUCGUCAUCACGCCCGCCUCUCUCCUCGGAGGCAUGCUCGAAGGUAUCCAAUGUAAACUCUACGCCGUUGGACUGCUGUACGCCCUCAACGUCCGUGUGACUCUGCAACAACGAUUCAUCGGAGACAAUGAGACCAAGCAGGGCCAAGUCUUCGCCAUGUCAAACCGUCCGACGCAAAAGACUCAACUCCAGAUCGACGUCGAGACUGAGACGCACGUUCAGGUGAGUAUUGGCCGUCGUGAUUCCGCGGCGCGGCGCAGCGUGUGCAGAUGCUGA